UUCGUUUUCAAUGACAUGCAUUUCUCGGCCCUGCAGUCAGUUGUGGGCGAACUUAACAUUGAAACGGUGACAGUCAUGCUGCAUCCAUUGACGGCCACCUACUAUGAUCCAGAUCGCAAGAUCUGGUCUGGACCUCAGCGUAAGGAUGUGUACAAUGAAAAUAUAACAUUGGGCGAAGUGAUCUAUGCCACGCUCUCGAAACAUCCACAAAAAAUUAUACAAAUCCAUGAUGUUAGCGGUGUGAAGCUGACCUGUGCCGAGCUACUGCAUAAGGCCAAGGCAUUGGCAAGAAAUCUUUUGAAGUUAGACCUUAAAGUGGGCGAUGUUAUCGUUUUGUAUGCCAGUAAUUGGACUCACAGUACUACCCUGAUGUUGGCCUCAUUUCUCUGUGGAACUCCGGUGAAUGCUUUGUGUCCUGCUUUCGACAAGGAGAACGUUGCCUUGAUAUAUAAAAUAACUCGCCCCAAGUUAAUAUUCUGUGAUGCUGCCAACUACCAAAUUGCCCAGGAAGUGAAUCGAGAAUUAAAUUUGGAUGCCGUAGUUUUCAUAAUGAAUGAUAAUGAAGGUGUCAAGGGUCUGGGUCACAUUAAGGAUUUACUAAAUGCCAAGGGGUCCAGAGAUGAGCAAUAUUUCAGAUAUCCCUGCUACGAUCUCAAGGGCGAUGACACGGCCAUAAUCAUAUGUUCAUCGGGCACGACAGGCACUCCAAAGGGAGUUCGUUGCUCUCAUCGUGCUUUUCUCAAUCAGAAUGUUUUUCUAACCCUGAAAACCGAUUCGGUAAUAUGCAGCUUUAGCACUCUGUAUUGGAUAUCCGGAGCCUUUGCCCUUAUUUCCUCGCUGACAACUGCCUGCUUGCGUGUGGUGACCUCCCAAGCCUAUUCCCCUGAAUAUUUUCUCGAUUUGGUUCGCCGCUACAAGAUUACCCAUUUUCUGGGCGGAGGAAAUUUCAUGGCCGAAUUAAUUAUGUAUGCUAAGGAGGAGGUUAUUCAAAAGAGUUUGGAAUCCAUUGAUACGAUGUUGAUUGGUGGCGCCAAAGUCCUACAGGCUGUCCAAGAGAAAAUGAACAGUAUUUUGGCAUGCAAUAGUCAGAGACCUGGGUUUUGUGUUGCCUAUGGCAUGUCGGAAUUGUCGGGAAUGCUGAGCAUUAGCGGUGGUCAUGUCAUGGAACGGCUGGAGGGUUCCGAAGGGAAACUGGUGGCCAAUAAACAGGUUCGAAUUAUCGAUAAAUUAGGUCGGAAUUUGGGACCCAAUGAACAUGGUGAAAUUUGUAUUCUCACACCGUACACUUGGUCGGGAUAUUAUCAAAACCCCGAGGCCACAAGUAAGGCUUUGCGCAGCAAUUGGUUACAUACCGGUGAUAUCGGCUAUUUCAAUGACGAAGGAUUUUUGCAUGUCUGCGCGAGGGACAAUGAUGUCUUUAAAUCGAGAAAUUUCCAAAUCUACCCACAGCUUAUAGAAGAGGUGAUCUGUCGCAUCCCCGGAAUAGCAGAAUGUUGUGUAUUUGGUAUUCCCGAUUUUGUGGCCUCCCAUUUGACGGCUUGUGCUGUGGUGCGAACGCAAAAUGCCGAUGGCCUAAAGUUGACCACUAAGGAGAUUGAUCAGCAUGUUAAGGCCAAUAUGGGUAGUAUGUAUCAUUUGAGUGGUGGUGUUUAUUUUGUGGAAGCCAUACCCAAGACCGGGUCGGGCAAAGCGCAACGGCGUAAAGUUUUGGAUCUUGUGAUGAAAAUAAAAAAGGAGGGUGGCGAAGAAAAACCAUAACAUACGUAUUAUAUAAAAGUGUGUGAUAUAUGUGUAUGGUUUUGUGUGAAAAUUUUGUUUAGAUAAAUAAAUAAUUAAGCAGAUGAAAACAGAAA